CGGGGGCGGGGCCGCGCUCCGGUUCCGGUUCCGGCGGGGCCGGCGGCAUGGCGCGGAGCACCCUCUCCUCCCGCUUCCGCCGCCUCGACAUCGACCAGUACGACGAGAACCGGUUCGUGGAGGAGCCGGAGGAGGCGGCGGCGGCCGAGCCCGACGCCGGCCCCGAGGUGGAGGCGCUGCUGAGGCAAGGGGACGCGCUCCGAGCGUUCCACAGCGCCCUGCGCAGCUCUCCCGCCCACGCCAGGAGCCAGGCGAUGAAGGAGCAGGCCCAGGGGACGAUGCUCAAAGUCCUCACGUCUUUUAAAAGCAGCGAAAUAGAGCAAGCAGUGAAUUCCUUAGACAGAAACGGCGUUGACUUGUUAAUGAAGUACAUUUAUAAAGGAUUUGAAAAGCCAACAGAAAAUAGCAGUGCAAUAUUACUCCAGUGGCACGAAAAGGCACUAGCAGUAGGUGGACUGGGCUCCAUAGUAAGAGUUCUCACAGCAAGAAAGACUGUUUAAAAGACUAUUAACUGGAGCCAAGACAACGCUCAGUUCUGGACUUGGAAGAAGGAAUUAGCUGACGUGACACUGGUCCCUCCUUAUUAGAGAUUGCAAUCUACUGAAAUACUAUGGAAACCUCCUCUUGGAAUGCUUUUAACCUUAAAGGUGGGGGAAGAGUAUUCCUGCAUAUUCUGACUAUCAAGUACAGGAGCCAAGACAUUCUCCUGAUCCCUUCUUUAAAAGGCAGAGAGAAGGCACGGCACGCUCCUGCCUCCUGUUACUGUAAGUGAACAGGUAUUUUCAGAUGCUGCUUUAUCCGAGUGUGGUGAGCCAAGAUCCCGCGUGUGCUGCUGAUUUGAGAGGGAGCUGUGUCCUGGGCAGGUGCCAGAUCCGACAGCCUACGGGCGGGAGGAGUGCUUAUUAGAAUGGCCAAGGGAUGAGCUGGACUAAGGGGUUGGUUUCAAUGUAAAGUGCCUGCUGCAUCAAUAAAGUUCUUGGAUCACGA